AUGUUGCUUGCCAAACCAACCCAAUCCCAGAUGAUUGCACGAAAUCGAGAUGGAGAUGCUAGAAGUUGGAAGGGAUUAGCUAUUGAUUCAAGAGUUCUUGGUGAUGCUAUUGCUAGAGUUAAUGGCCUUAAUCCUCUUGGCAUCUCCGCUGCGCGUAUUGAUUUUGCCCCAUGGGGUCUUAACCCUCCACAUACACACCCUAGAGCUACUGAAAAUUUGACAGUCCUGGAAGGGAGCCUCAAAGUUGGUUUUGUCACCUCCAACCAACCGAAAACCGCCUCAUCAUCACCAGUCGGUCUUGUGCAUUUCCAGCAGGGUGAUGUUUUUGUGUUCCCAGUUGGUCUUGUGCAUUUCCAGCAGAAUGUUGGACAUGGUAAUGCAGUUGCCCUUGUAGUUCUUAGCAGCCAAAAUCCGGGUGUCAUUACCAUUGCAAAUGCAGUAUUUGGAUCAAAUCCUGAUAUACGUGCUGAUAUUCUUGCAAGGGCUUUCCAACUGGGUACGAACGCGAUCUAUAGCCUUCAGUCCAAGUUUUUGAAUAAAUUCCAAUUUGCAACCUCUGAUUAA